AUGAUCGAAACUCCUAAAUCAACCCACUUUAAAAAUGUGGAUCAACUUCUCUGUCUGUCACAGUUGUUUAUAAAUGUCAACAUGAUAGGCUGUGUGUACAGCGAUGCAGUGAUGGAAAAAGUGAGAAGGAUGGGUUCUGGGAUUAUGGAGAAGGUGGGAGUUACGGAUGUGUGCUACAUGUAUGAAUUCGAUUCUAAUUUAACUUUUCACAUAGCGUACAUUUAUGUUGCUGUUAAUAUUUUUUUAAGUUCUUUAACCCUGCAUAACAAUUUCUAUUCAGUUUCUGCUUUUUACAGGUUCAAACAACCAAACAUAGAUUGGACAGAGUGUGCUGUGAAUGCAAUCGUAGAGACAUUUUUACAUGGUGAGAAUAUUAUGGUGAAGGGUUGGUCUCAGAAAGUGGACAUUCGUAUUGGAGACUUGUUAGCCUCCACGAGGGUUCUAUCGAAAGGAGAAUGUGUACGAGCGAAGUUGGAUAAUGCAAUUGACGAGAUGUGCGCCAAAAUCAGUGAAAUAAUUGUCCAUGGGUCUUCGAAUAUUAACCAUAGUUUCAUCGGGUUUCAGAGUAAGCUUCGUUUUGUUAGGUAA